AUGAGUUCCAUCAUUCCAUGAAGUCUUAGACUUUGGACUUAUGGUCUAUAAGAAAUAAACAGAGUUUAUAAGUUAAAAACAACAUUCAGAAUGAAAUAAUCGUGAUCUGUAUUCAGAUACAUAUUUUUUUUAGUGUAAUAUUUAUCAGCUAAGAUGUAUAACCCAUCGGUAACGGUGCGACGUAUUGAUGUUUUGAUUCGUAUUUUAAAUGGUCGAAAUGUUAAUUUAACCCCUAAUAAUGUUCGAGCUUUUUCAAGUGAAGGAACGAUAACUAUAGGCAACGUGAGCAAAGAAAUAUCUAAACCAAAGAAAGUGGAAUACGUGCCUAGAAAAUAUGUGACAAUUAAAGAUGGUCAGUUAAAUUCUCUUUCACAAAGCAGUCUGCGAAAUUUACGUUGGAUGAUGCAAAAAGAUAUACUUGGCCAGGAUAUGUUUCUCUUAGGAAGUCCGGGACCCAGCAGGAGGAAAGUUGCUCUUCAAUAUUUGGAGUUGACCCAAAGGGAGCUUGAGUAUGUAGCUCUUUCCCGUGACACAACAGAAGCAGACCUCAAACAGAGACGAGAAAUUCAGAGUUCCACUGCAAAGUAUUUUGACCAGAGUGCAGUAAGAGCUGCUGUUGAAGGACGAGUUCUUGUUAUUGAAGGAAUUGAGAAAGCAGAGCGCAAUGUUCUGCCGGUGUUGAAUAAUUUACUGGAGAAUAGGGAGAUGCACCUCGAAGACGGAAGGUUCCUGAUCCCAGCCUCCAGAUAUGACAAAUUGUUGGAAGAACAUGGUGUGAAAGAAGUGACAAGAUGGAAAUUGGUGCGAGUUGACGAGAAUUUCCGUGUGAUAGCACUAGGGCUGCCAGUGCCACGUUAUAAUGGACAGCCCUUGGAUCCACCGUUGAGAUCUCGCUUUCAGGCCAGAGAUGUCGCUACUGUCGGAUUCGGGGAACAUUUGAACACCCUAAAAGAGCACGCUCCUAACGUGGAUGCCAUUAAGUUGGAGAAACUGCUUUCUGCAGCCUACGCUUUGAUAAGUCCAGAACUGCAACAGAUUAGUCUACCAGACUUCCCAGUAGACAAUUUAUAUGCUGCUGCGCUCAUAUUGGAGCGCAACUCAAACAUUCCAGUACACAAAUUAUUAUAUUUGCUAUACCCGUAUAACACUUUUCUUACUAGAGAUCAUAUAAAAAAUGUUGAAGCAAUCUUACAUAACCUUGACAUCCAGAUAAAUCCUAAGUCAGAUAUUGUUCUACGAAAUGUAAAGUUAAUAGAAAAUCAAGCGUUAGUAGAUAUCGACAUCAAUGGAAAGGUAUCGCAAUUUAGCGUAGCGUGUGGAGGAAAGAAAAGUAGGAGUGAAAGGAAAGGCUAUGUUAGAACAGAAUUUCAAACACAGCUCUUAAAUGAUUUGCUCCUAAGUCAUGCUGUCGGAGAUUUUUGUAUUGUGGGUCCAAAAGGCUGCGGAAAAAGUCUGCUUGUGGAGCAAUUAGCGGGCUUAUUGGGUUACACAAUAGAGCCGAUAGUGCUGUACCAAGAUAUGACAGCUAGAGAUUUGAUACAGCAAAGAACUACUCUAGAAAACGGAGAUACGGUUUGGAGAAAUUCAGCUCUCGUCGAAGCUGCGUUGAAAGGACAUCUCGCAGUUUUGGAUGGACUUCAUAGAAUACAUGCUAGUACACUAGCCGUUUUACAUCGAUUAGUUCACGACAGAGAACUACAACUACAUGAUGGGACGAGAUUGUUACGUCAUGAUAGAUACGAGGAACUGCUUAGUUCAGGUCUCACGGAACAGCAGUUAGAAGACAGCGGGGUUAAGAAAAUUCACCCUGCUUUUAGAAUAGUUGCAUUAGCAGAGCCACCGGUUUUGGGAAGAGGACAGCAGUGGCUUUCACCUGAGAUUCUUAGCCUGUUUAUUUUCCACGAGAUGAGAAACUUGAGUAAAGAUGAAGAAAUAUUUAUUAUAAAUACUUUGUAUGGGAAUAUAUCUGCUCCAUUGCAUUCGAUAAUAAAUCUUGCUGAUCAAUUGAGAAAAUCGGAGGAUAGUACAUUAAAAAAUCUCUCGUCUUCUCUAUCCACGAGACAGCUGCUGCGGAUAGCUAGUCGGAUGUCCAAAUAUCCGACGGAUUCUGCGUAUGAAACUGUCCAAAGAACUUUCCUAGCCAAGUUUUUGCCUAGCCUAGCUAGGCGAGCUCUAGAUGGGGCGAGCCAGAAAAUCGGAAUCGAUGUUCCGAAAAAAAUUGGUAUAUUCAACCGUGAGCCACAAAAAAUAAAAUGUUCGGUUACAAAUGGUGUCCUGACUAUAGGAGAUACGAGCUCUAAUAUAUUUAAAACGGAUGCUUUAACGAAAGUACCGGAUAUUUUGUUCUAUGAUGUGCCUCAGCAUAUCAGACUAUUGGAGUGGUUAUUGCAAGAUUUCCUAUUAGGAAACCACUUGUUGCUCGUUGGCAACCAAGGAGUCGGGAAGAAUAAAAUUGCAGAUAGACUUUUACAACUAUUGAAUCGUCCAAGAGAAUAUAUUCAGCUCCACAGAGACACGGUUCAAUCAUUAACAGUGCAACCCACUGUUCAAGAUGGCGUCGUUAUAUACGAAGAUUCGCCCUUAGUUAAAGCUGUUAAAUAUGGUCAUGUUUUGGUUGUGGAUGAGGCGGAUAAGGCACCAACACAUGUGACAUGUAUUUUGAAAACUUUAGUUGAAAAUGGGGAGAUGAUACUGAGCGAUGGUAGGAGAAUAGUCCCUAAACACAUGUUGGAGAGUUCGGGAGGAGAUCUGUCUAGUUUUAUUCCCGUGCAUGAUGACUUUAGAAUGAUCGUGCUAGCGAACAGACCAGGUUUUCCGUUUUUGGGAAAUGAUUUCUUUGCUUCAUUGGGUGACCUAUUCUCUUGUCACGCGGUCGAUAAUCCAUCAAUAGAAUCAGAAUUAGAACUUCUACGUGCUUACGGACCGGAUGUUCCUAAGGAUGUCAUGAAAAAACUGGUUCAAGCCUUCGCAUUACUCAGAGAUAUGGCUGACCAAGGACAACUAACAUACCCAUAUUCUACUAGAGAACUAGUUAAUAUUGUUAAACAUUUACAGAAAUACCCAAAUGAAGAUCUGGCGACAGCAAUCGGCAACGUGUUCGACUUCGAUCGCUACAGUAAAGACGUCUCAGACACAUUAUUAGAGGUGCUCCACACGAGCGGGCUGCCUACAGAUGGCGUUCUUGUCGGACGUUCGAAGGAGGCCCUACAAAGGUUACAGAUGACCAUUGAUAGAAAAAGCGGUCUAGAUGUUUCAUCACCGAAGCACGGCAAGGAGGAUCCUGAGAAUCAGCCCCACGUGGGCGGGAACACCUGGGCGGGCGGAACCGGGGGCAGAGACACUGCCGGUCUGGGGGGGAAGGGAGGUCCAUACAGAUUAGAUAAAGGACACGAUGUACACCAGUUAUCAGACGCUGAAAAAGACGAUAUACCGGACCACGUGAAAAAAGCUGCCCGGGAAAUGAACAGGAAGGCUUUUGAGGAGCGCUUGAAAGAAAUCAAUAUGAGCGAGUACGAUGCUAAGCUGUAUGAACAAUUCCUGAGAGCCGUGCAACCCCAGAUAGGAGCUUUACGAGGAGUGUUAGCGGAACUUCAGGCUAAGAAGAAGGAAAGACAAUGGUCCAGGCAUCAGACUAGUGGGGAACUGGAUGAUGGGAAGAUUAUUGAAGGUCUGACAGGUGAGCGAUCAAUAUACCGUCGGCGUCAGGAAUUGGAACCACCCCCAGGGACUCCCCCGGACCAACCGAAACGACUCAGACUGGUGGUCGAUGUCUCCGGCAGUAUGUACAGAUUCAAUUCAUAUGACGGUCGUCUGGAACGUUCAAUGGAGGCUGUAGUGCUUCUGACAGAGGCUUUGAAGGGAUACGAGGCGAGGAUCAGAUACGACAUGUUCGGACACUCGGGGGAGGAACAUGCCUUGGAGCUGAUCAGGGUUGACAGACCACCGGAGAAUGAGAAGCAGAGGCUUCAGAUAAUCCGUACAAUGCACGCGCACGCUCAGUUCUGUUGGUCUGGUGACAACACCUUAGCCGGCGCACACCACGCCAUAAAAACGCUCACACACGAGGACGCUGACGAAGCUAUAGUCGUUAUACUAUCUGACGCCAAUCUCCGGAGAUACGGCAUAGCUCCCGAACGUUUAGGCGCCAUACUGACUUCAGAGCCAAAGGUUCAGGCCCACGUGAUAUUCAUCGGCAGUCUUGGCGACGAGGCCAACAUUUUACUGCGUUCGUUACCUGCUGGUCACGCCCACGUCUGUAUGGAGGUCUCCUCGUUGCCGCACAUCAUGCAGCAGAUAUUCGCCUCUUCACUUAUGCAGAAUUCCUAAACGUACACAAUCUGGUUCUAAGUGACGUCACAUUGAUGACGUCACAUCGUGAUUAUGCAAACUUAUGCGGCUAGGUGGAUAAAGAACAGCUUUUGUAAUUUAAUACCGUACUAUUUUAUAAGUACAUAUACGAUCUUUGUAUCAGUAUCAAUGUAUGCAGUUAGUGUUAGUUUCAACGCAUUAGAUGCGAGGCUUUUUAGCAAAGUAUAUAUGCUGACCAAAUAGUAAUAAUUAAUGAUAUUUAGCUCUACCUCUUAAGCGACAAUUAUUUUGUGGGCCGUGGCCAUAUUUUAUCACAAUCAUUCUAUUUUAUAAAUAUAUAAUUUUGUUACAA